UUUUCAAAAUCAACUCAUAUUUCUAUUUCCUCCUCUUAUACAUCUCAGUUUGUGCUUCUUCCACUUUUCUUACUCCAAAAUCUUUCCCUUCUAUUAAAGCCUAAAAUGGCAUACUCAAAGGUGAUUAUUGCUCUAAUGUUGGCAUUUGUCGCCGGAUCUGCUUUAGCACAAGCACCGGGAGCAUCUCCGGCAGCUUCUCCGAAGAGUUCUCCGGCACCGGUAGCGGCGACUCCUCCUUCCACUACAUCAACACCACCUGUCUCUGCUCCUGAAAAUGCUCCUACUACUGCAUCUUCUCCAUCCGAUUCUCCAAUGGCAUCUCCUCCAUCUCCACCAACUGCUGAGACUCCGGCGUCGUCUCCUUCUGGUGAUGCCUCUCCUCCAUCCAUCGGCGCCGCUCCCGGAGGUUCUCCUACCGAAUCUCCAAAUUCUGCUUCCUUGAACAGAGUCGCCGUCGCCGGAUCUGCUGUUGUAGCUAUCUUUGCUGCUGCAUUGAUGCUCUAAAUCUCUGAUCUGUGAGAUAUUUCACGUUUUUUCGUUCGCCGGAAUUGACGAGUUAGGAUUUAUUUUCUACUUCUCUACUGUUCAUUCUUUUUUUACUUUUACAUUCUACUGGUGGCGGUAGUUGAUUUAUUUGUACUAUAUUCUUAUUAUUGGAUAUUAUUACGGCAUUCUUUGUUUA